UCAACCCUUGCUUUUUAAACAGCAAAAUUUUAUGCUCCCAAAAAUAUUUUUUAUUUUAAAAAAUUAUGUGUUUUUAAUUUCGAGACUUAAAAUUUCCAUGGGUUAAAAAAUUCAACAUGAAAAAAUUCAGAGUGAAAACUUCGCCCAAACAGUCUCAUUAGAGCAAGUAGUCGAUCCAGGAGCACAUCGAUAUCCAGCCAAUCAAAUCCCGACACUGACGUGACGUCAGCUCUUCCUACGCUUUGGAGUUCAAGAUGGCAGCCAACGCAAGCGGUAGCACAUCGGAUAUUCUUCUUCAACAUAUUCUUGAGAGACUGCGUUCACGUCUAGAGUAUUGUCUUCAACAACUUCCUCUGGAUCUGGACUUCUUGGAUUUCUUUUGCACUCAGGAGCUCGUUUUUCUUCAAGCAUUGUCUGGCCAAGUUGAUGUUUGCCCUGUCCUUUUAGAUGAACUAAGCGGAUUACACACAUUGAUAAAAAGAGAAAAGGACAAAAUACAUCCACACAGUGCUGUGAUUCAUUUUGAGCAAGGACCCUCAGGGCGUCGCAGAAUGGCUCUUUCCCCCAAUCAUCUGAGCAGUCUUCUGGAACUGAACUUGUCCAUUCCAACCAUAGCAAAAAUUUUGGGAAUGUCCAGAAGCACUGUUUUCCGACGCAUGAAUGAGUUCCAACUUUCUGUCAAGGCACUCUACAGCACCAUGUCUGAUGAAGAAUUAGACCAAUGCAUUAUAGACAUAAAGUCCAGGCAGCCCCACUCUGGAUAUCGGAUGGUGAAGGCACUUCUUAAGGCCAGAGGACACAGAGUGCAAUACCAAAGAGUUCGAUGUUCCAUGCAUCGUGUUGACACAGCUGGUGUUGUAUCAAGGAUGGUUUCUUUGGGUUGCAUUGCUCGACGUGCUUAUUCUGUCCCAGGACCACACUCUCUAAUGCAUAUUGACACCAACCACAAACUGAUACGCUAUAACAUUGUGAUCUUUGGAGGCAUUGAUGGCUUUUCUCGUAAGGUUAUGUAUCUUGGUGCUGCUUCCAAUAAUCUGGCAUCAACAACACUGGGAUUUUUCCAAACAUCUGUUGAAAGAUUUGGCUUUCCUCUAAGAGUUCGUGGGGAUCACGGAGGAGAAAAUGUGGAUGUCGCACGAUUGAUGUUUACUAUCCGUGGCACAGGAAGAAGCAGUUUCAUCUCAGGAAAGAGUGUGCACAAUCAACGAAUAGAACGACUAUGGAGAGAUCUCUGGGUGGCCGUUACAUCCAUCUACUAUGACGUUCUUCACAACCUUGAGGAAGAAGACCUUCUUGACAUUUCAAAUUCUGCACACCUCUUCUGCUGCCACUAUGUGUUUCUGCCUCGCCUGCAAGACGAUUUGGAUACAUUUUGCAGUGGAUGGGACAAUCAUCCACUACGAACAGAAAGCAACAUGACCCCCAACCAACUGUGGGAGUUGGGUCGCACAUAUCAUCCUGUUCCUGAACCAGAAAACACACAGGAGUUCCUGAUUCCUGACAUUGACUGGGAAGAAAGUGGGCUCUCCUGCCAGAACCAUUCAAGCAUUGUUGUUCCAAACAUGGACUGUCCACUGACAGAGGAACAAAUGGAAGCUUUACAGGAAGUGGUUAAUCCAAGAGCUGCAUCCCAGUCUUUUGGCUCAGACAUCUACAUUGCAGCUGUUCAGUUUUGUCACCAAUGGUUUUGAAUGAAAGUGGUAUACAUAUUAAACUACAAAUGUUUAAAGAAGAGGUUCUUAAUAUAAAUAUUUAAGAAUUAGGUAAGUUACACUACAGUUAAUCAAGUCUCAAGUUUUGAGAAAUUUGAGAAAAAAACAUUUCAUUUUGCAUUGUCAUCCCCAAAUGGAGUAUUUCCAUGUUUACAUAAAUGUUAAGAUGAUUGGAACGUGUGUAAUAAAUUGAAAUGGCACAUUAAA